CUCUACUCGACCCUCCUCUCUUGUACAUCUUCCCUCCCACUCCCUCCUCUUCUCAUCUCUUCUCACUUUAUCUGUUUCACCUCCUCGUUGCCAGACCUUGCGGAGUUCCUCAUCCUCCUCCCUCCUCCCUAUCGACCUUCCUUUCCUUGUUCCUCGGCUUCUCCCCCUCGAGCACUUUUUCCAUCAGAGACUAGCCUCUCUCCUUACCCACUUUCGUUUCACCUGUGCUCGCUUGCCUUGGGUCGAGACAGGAGCUUCACCACGUCUGGACGUCCGAUCUUGCGAUAGCUGGUCUCUCGCUUUCAUCCAUCAGUUUACAUCAUCGACACAUUCGCUACACUUGUGAACGGUUGCUACUCAUCCACUUUCAUACAUCUCCACCGCCCUCCCUCCUUGCAGUCGUCUCUGAACUUCAACACAAAUCCAGACUCUGAGACGAGACACCUUCCCUGUCUACCAACGAGUACCUGACCCGACUCACGUCCUCUGGCAAGCCUGCAACGGCGUCUCUUUGUCAAUACUGACACCGCCAACUGCAACUCCCUUUAGACGCCAUGUACCCUACCAGUGGUGCUCCAAUGGCGCAGCCUCAGAAACCCGAGACUUUCAUGCUCUCGAACGAGGCUCAACAGAGCUUGCCUCAGGAUGCGCAAGUCGCUCUGCAGCAGGUCGACAACCUAAAAUACUUCCUGAUCUCUGCCCCUGUGGACUGGAAUCCCGAUUCAUUGAUCAGAAGAUUCCUCCUGCCAACCGGUGAAUAUGUAUCCUGUGUCCUAUGGAACAACCUCUUCCACGUCUCCGGCACCGACAUUGUCAGGUGUCUGUCGUUUCGCUUCCAAGCCUUUGGCCGACCCGUCAAGAACCCAAAGAAAUUUGAGGAAGGCAUCUUCUCCGAUCUUCGCAACUUGAAGUCCGGCACCGAUGCUUCUCUCGAGGAGCCGAAAAGCCCAUUUCUUGACUUCUUGUACAAGAACAAUUGUAUCAGGACACAGAAGAAACAAAAAGUCUUUUAUUGGUACAGCGUACCGCACGACCGUCUGUUCCUCGAUGCCCUCGAACGUGAUCUCAAGCGCGAGAAAAUGAACCAGGAGGCAACCACAAAAGCAGUCGCAGAGCCCGCUCUGUCGUUCGAAUUCGAUUCUUCACAGUCGCUCUUUGAGCAACUCACCAAGGCUCAACAGGCCAGUUCCUCGUCAUUUGCUACUGCCAACGCUCAUGCCCAGUCCACAUACUCGCAGUCCACAUCGCCGGUCCUUCGUGCGGUCGAUUCCAUGCCUCCUCCAUCGCUGGUCCCACCUCAAAUGGCACGCUCUCAGGAGCCCUCGCAUUCCAUGUACACCAACAUGGCCGUGCAGAACCAUGUGAAUACUCCCAUGGGAGGCGUUGCUCUGUCACGGGAGCAAGACUAUAGCCAUCACCCAUUCGAUCGUACUAGUGCGCCUUACGACCGAACUCAUAUGCGCCACGCCUCCAUGCCUGCUUAUAUGGAAUACUCCCCCGCUCCUUCCUUCGUGUCGUCUCAUUUUGAAGAUUACAGCACCCGCGACCUGUCGUAUGGACCGAUCACGCCUCCCCAGCAUGCUGUCCAAGUUGGUACAGAACCUGCAUACAUUGCCAACGAUGACACUGGUCUCUAUUCUGCCAUCCCUGAAAUGCAUCCUAUGCCGACUUAUAACCCAAUAUCUUCAUUGCCCCCUUCUUCAAUUGCAGGCCCAACCUAUGCGCCCACCCCGCGAGCGUUCCCUCCUGCCAAUGUCUAUUCAGUCAUUGAAGGUUCUCCAACGUACAAGGCUCGCCGACGGCGGUCUUCUAUUCCUUCAUCAAUUAUGAAUGCUGUUGCUGCAAACGCUGUUGCUCAAGUGACGCAUGGUGCAAUGAAAACCCAUCACCCACAACGCCCAAGCGAUCUUCGAAGGUCCAUGUCAAGCUCGGUGCUCCCAAUCGCUGAAGGUGAUGAGUCGGCGGAUCAUUCCCCUAAUGGCAUCGUCGGGAGUUAUCCAUCUUCAAUGCACCGAGAUCACCUGCAUGACUAUUCCCGCAACACUACCCCAUUACCCAGUUUGGAGGAAGACCCUUCCCAAGCUAUGGGAAUGGUCUCUGGCCAAGAUCCCCUGUCCGGCAUCGCUGGCGACGACAUGCACCACAUGUCUAUGCACGCAAAUCAUGCAAUGAAACUCGACCGACCAGGACCUAUUCGAAGAGCUCGCAGCGCGACAAUGAUGGAACUUGGUGUUCCAUAUAAGUCGCACUCAUGUCCAAUUCCUAGCUGCGGACGAUUGUUUAAGCGCCUCGAGCAUUUGAAACGCCAUGUGCGAACUCAUACCCAAGAACGACCUUAUGUCUGCCCUUAUUGCAAUAAGGCAUUCUCACGCUCCGACAAUCUUGCACAGCACCGUCGUACCCAUGAAUCCCAACAAGACGGUCAACCUAUCCAGGUGACAAGUGAGGAAGAGCUUGAGAACGAGGACAAUGACUUUGGUUCCAUGGAUGAGCUUUCAUCUCCAGACGAAAUCCACCGGCCUGACGUAAAUUCGGCCAUGGUCACCAUGUCGAUGCCCCCGCCCUCAACGCUUGUGAUGCAACCAGUCUCUCAACCCAUGAUGGCCCCGAGCCAACUGAUCCAACCAUCAAUGUUGCAAAACAUGUAAUAAAAAUGCCUUUGUGACGAAGCCGAUGAUUCCACAUUGCACCACUGCGGAUUAUUUAUGCGACUUGAACCAAGCACAGCUAGCAACAUGAACCUACGAUAAACGAGAGCUUGGUCGAAUGAAAGGGUGUGGGAAGCGACUAAACACCAUGGGCUCAACAUUAUUCUUUGAGCCCUCAGGGGAGGCAAAAGUCAAGCGACGUACCCGACUGGACCUCGGUGGCACUGACGGUGUGUCCCCCAGAAUUCUAGUCAGCUGCCUCUGCCGUUGCAUGAUUUGGAUACCUGUAUUCGGCAUGGACGUCGGAUGCGAUCUUUCUUUUUUGUAUUUCUCGGGCAGCGACCUAGAUAUCUGAGCCGCCCUUGCGCUGGCGGCCCCCGGACCCACUGUACAUAUAUAGCCAUCUUUUACUGACUAGUUGAAAUUGCCGUUUUCAUGAUUGGCGAAAAGAGCUCUGAGCAUGUUGUAACCCGAUCUUUUUG